AUGUUGCUGCCUUCCGACGUAGCUCGGCUUGUUCUGGGGUACCUCCAGGAAGAGGGACUGCCAGCCACCAGCCGAGCUUUCAUCCACGAGAGCCCAAACCUAAAAGAGUAUGCGGAGCACAGCUCAGGAGAUGGGACGAUUCCUGCCUGUGUUUUUUCUAUGUUUGGGAAAAACCUCACAACAAUUUUAAACGAGUAUGUGGCUGUCAAAGCUAAAGAGUCUGGUCAUGAAGUCCCUCUUGUGAUGACCUCAUUGUGGAAAAAACUCGAUUUCACUCUCAACCAAAUCAAGUCGUUGCAGAACUCCCCUGCAAGUCAGAGGACACGUUCACGGAUUGGGGUUGCAAACGUAGCACGGCAGCGGGUCCUGGCCGUAGCUUCUGCAGGUGGUGUCGUCUGCUCUUCCGUUUCUGAAACGAGCUCCAUCAUCAGCCCUGCGCACACCUCCCACAGCAUGCUCGGCCACUCCACUCCCGUGAGCUACACUGGCCUGCAAACCAGAGUCGUCCCAGCCAGUAGGGGUCCACCUGUACAGGUCAUUGUUUCAGAGCGCCGGCUGAAUUCAGGCCCAGUUUCUCCUGGUCGACGGAAAUGGUAA